UGUAGGAAAGGAUGCGAACGCUUUGUAAUAUCACCCCACAAAUUGCUCGUACUAACCUAUCCUGAAUCGGAGCUUGGCUCUGCUCAGCAACCAUUACCAAAACAGUGAAACAAUCACUGUUGAUUGGGAAGUUUCCUCUUUACCGUUAAAAAAAAAAAAAAGAAAAAAAAGCUGGAGGGUGAAAUGCGAGUAAAGACAGACUCUCGUCAGGUGUAGAUAACGCGAAGAAAACACGGCAAAUUUUAAUUUACAAGACGAAAACAGAGGCCGUAGUGUGUUUAUAGAUGAAAUUAUCAUACGGGGCUAGUUCAACUACAACACUGACCGUGUUUGGUGUCCUGUGCGGCGGUUAGCUUCUUGUAGCUAGGAACGAACGCUCGGGUAAAAUCUAACGAUAACAUCGCUGAUUGUGUGUAUUUUCGUCAGGGCAAAUGGCGAACGCUGGAAAUGACCUCGACGCGAUGAAAACCUGAACGAAAAUGUCUGACGGAGCAGAAGAGAUUCACCCAAAUCCUGCGAGACGGGAUCGAAUCGUUAUUAAUUGCGGUGGAGUCCGACAUGAAACAUUUAGGAGCACUCUUCGUAAUUUCCCGGGAACACGUCUCGCCUGGUGUACCGAGAACGUUAAUAACAGCUCUGAAUUUUAUGACGCGGAAAAGAAUGAAUAUUUCUUUGACCGACAUCCUGGCGUUUUUGCCGCCAUAAUAAAUUAUUAUCGCACGGGAAAGCUUCACAGUCCACAUGAUGUUUGCGGGCCGCUUUUUGAAGACGAGUUGUUAUUUUGGGGCAUCGACGAGAAGCAAAUGGAACCAUGUUGCUGGACUUACUACACGCAACAUCGAGAAGCUCAAGAAAAUUUAAAGUUUUUCGAGGCGGCAGAGAUGACGGACGAUGACGAUGAUUUAAACUCUGAGUUUGGCGAGUUGGUAUCUGAAAAUUUUGGUGGCGAGCAGCAGUCGUGCUGGCAAAAGUACAAACCCAAGAUUUGGAACGUUCUUGAGCACCAACGGUCUUCGAAACUGGCCCGGGUGAUGUUCCUCGUAUCAUUGAUGUUCAUAAUAUUGUCCGUGCUUGCUUACUGCGUGCAGACUAUGAAGGUGGUAAAAGACAACAGCACUGCACGUGUUGCCAUGGUGAUAAUAGAAGGCGUGUGCGGAAUCUGGUUCACUGUUGAAUUUACACUCAGACUGGCCACUUGCCCUAGCAAGCAUGACUUUGUUAAGCAGAUCAUGAACUGGGUAGAUUUCAUUGCUAUCUGGCCUUUUUAUGUUCGUAUUCUAACCACAGAAGGUUACCCAAAUGGCGACCCAAAAAUCGAAUACGACGUCUUGGCCAUUUUGCGGCUUUUCCGGUUACUACGGUUUUUUAAAGUGAAUCUGGGAUUCCAAAUUCUUAAGCAAACCAUGAUUGCAAGUUCCCGCGAAUUGAUGCUUUUGGUUUUGUUGCUAAUCGUGCCGGUAAUCAUCUUUGCCAGUUGUGCAUAUCUCGCAGAGAGGAAUAGUAAUCCUGAAGAGUUUCCUUCCAUCGUUGAAUCUUUCUGGUGGGCCAUUAUUACCAUAACAACCGUAGGCUACGGAGAUGACGUUCCGACGACUGGCGUUGGAAAACUCUUUGGUGCACUUUGUGCGGCCCUCUCAAUCGUUAUCACAGCGCUUCCAAUCUCUAUCAUCGGCAGUAACUUCUCGCUGUACUAUUCACAUGCGCAGGCGCAGAUGAAGCUCCCGAAGAAAUCCAAACGCCCUAUGGUUGGAGCUGCAAAUGCUUUGAUGUUGCAGUCGGCGAGACCUAGCGAGGAUAUGACAAGCACAGAUAUGGCCGAGGGAAGGCUGGAUUUGAGGAAAUCGUCGCCAAUCAUAAAUGGAUCUCUGGGUGGGGAUGCUAAAAUACAUCCAUACCGUGGACGGGCUCGACGCGCACGGUCAUCUCUAUACGCAGGGGCUAUGAAUCAUCGACAAUCGUUUCCAGUCCGCUCCCGAAGCAGCGAGGAAUUCAUUUCCGUUAACAGUCCACCACUUGACGGCAGAAAAAAGAGCCACACCAGUACCCAGAGUACAACGAUAGACACUCCACCUAAAAGCCCCCCUCAUUAUGGAAACACCCUAACGGUGGACCCGCCAGAACUUUCGGAAGCCAUUACAGGCUUUAUAGACGUCCCUGCAGAGAAAUCUUCACCAAAAUGUAAACCCAUAGUACACAGGGAAAGCGAAGAGUUCGAAAUAGAUGAUAUUGACCAUGUACUCGCAACUAUGAAAACGAGCGAUAACAAAGGAAACAUGGCCAAUGGAAAUGCCCGGCCCGGAUCGACAGGCCGACCAGGAACCCCAGGGAGACCAGGAACCCCGGUGAAGAGGACUCCCAAGAACUCUGUACGGUUUGUGAAACCGACGCUAACUGUGACAUUGAAUACAGUCAAUGCAAACAUGAUUAAUGAGUCGUUUGAAGAAGAUGUCCAGUACGAUGAGUUCGAACAUGAGGAGAAUAAACGGAGCGUGGAGCCAAGGUCUCAAGUACAAACUGCGCCUUCAAGACAUCGGCCGUUUACAAGCGGUUCGUCAGCUCCAGAGGAAAGUCAUACGUAAUACAAAUUGAGGACUUGGUGAGUUAGUGACGUAGUUCGGUACAACUGCUGAGUGAGUCCAUGAUGAUUGAUGUAAAGAUGGUUAGCAUGAGGUGUCGUUUUGACAGCAAAGGAAGACAUUCAAGUGACACUACCCCCUCCCCCUCCUCCUCCUGAUGGUAUGCAGUAGUUCACCAACAGUAACCAGAGGGUUUUUCUGGCAUUUCAGUGCAGUUUGAUGGUAUGCAGUAGUUCACUAACAGCAACCAGAGGGUUUUUCUGGCAUUUCAGUGCAGCUUGAUGGUAUGCAGUAGUUCACCAACAGUAACCAGAGGGUUUUUCUGGCAUUUCAGUGCGUUUACACCAGUGAAGAAAGAAGGAGUUCCAGACUGAGUGAUCACAUAGUGACCUCGGGAAGCGCUUGUAUAGUGACCUGUUAUUGGAUCCUGAACAAAGGAAUUAAUACGUACUACGACGGCUACCACUGACUUAUCUUUCGAUGAGAACAUUCGGACCAUGGGUGUACUGGAUAGAACGAUAACAGACAAAGUGCUGCAGUUGCAGUCGUAACAAGGCUGUCUCUGAGUAAUUUAAAGGCCAAUUGUGUUCAAAACCUCUCGAAGUGAAGCAGGAUGAACGAAAAACUUAUCUCGUCUCAGCUUUUACGAUAAGUCGAUUCUUCCUCUUGGUUUUUACCAAACAUGAGACAAAACCUUGAAAGGAGAGCUCUGAGAAGCUUGAGUUAUGAAGGCGAACAAAAAUGUAAAGCUGAUUGAUGUUUUGCGACGCCACUGAUUCAUUAAGUCCUGAACGAGGGCUGAUGGUAUUGUCCUUCCGCUAUCUACGCUUAAAAAUAUAAAUGACAAUUUCCACGAGAACCAAUAAUUUGUGCCCAUCCUGUGGAAAAGUUCCAGAAACACAGGGACGACGUGAUCUGCGAGGCAGUUCAGGUUGCCAUGACGAUGAGUAACCAUAACGACACCGAUGAGCUACUAUAAAGACACUUAGAUUCAUUUCUUGUUGGUAGAAACCACGUUACUGGGUAAUGCAAUGCGGAUUCUAUAAAAACGUUCCAAACAAACAAAAACGUCGUUUGAUUAAAAAAGGAUGUAUGGAACCAGGAAAGAACAGACUCAGCGGGGUGACCUUUCACUCACAGAGUAGUUAGUUCAAGGUUGGAACAUCACGAAAACUUUCACCUAAGUUUUUCGCUUCCGACAUUUGCAAUCGCGUUCAAUCCUUGAAUUUCUUUGACCCUUAAUUCGUCAUCCUCAUCAAUCUCACUCUUUUCAAUCUCAGCAAGCUAAUGUUUUGUAGUAUACCUCAAAAAUUAACUAAAGGAGAAUUUGCUCGUCGACGCAAAAUUACGUAUAUAUGACGUGGCUCCUGGAAUACUUCACUGCAUGUAAAUAUGUGAAAUAGGAAAUAGUGCCCUAUUUUCGGGCAAUUUCUUUGAUAAUGACCAAAUAUUUUCAUAGAAUGAGGCACCAGCUUAAUGAAGUGUAUAAAUAUUUAUGAGAAAAGCUUAAAUUGGUAAAUAUUUCAUUACCUGAGUAAACUAAAGUUGGCAUAGAAACUUCAUCGCUCAACAACUUGCGACGUUUGCUUCGGAAUUCAGGUAUCCCUAACAUAAAUUUGUUAUUGUGCUUCUAGUGUUAUAUUUUCGCAGUUUUAAAGAUUACUUUAAUGAUUAACUUAGCAAGUAAUAAGUUAUAACAAUCAUUUUCACUGAAAGAAUAUCAAAGUUAAGCAAUAUUUAAGAAUGUCAUGAAAGCUGAGCUGCUACGAAAAAAUACCUUUACUCUUCAUUACAUUAAAAAGAAAUAGUCACUCAAGUUUCCUUUGUUACUGUUAAAGAAUCCGCUGAGGCAAACAACAAGCCUUGGCUUAACAGUCUCUGUGUACAAGUUUGAGAAGUAAAAGAACAUCUCGUGUAAUUUAUGUGGAGACAAGACAUUAAAAGAAUUUAAGGCUUACGUACACCACCAUUCCAAACACUGGUACUGAAGAGUAAAGUGGUAUUUACAGAAGUGGCCUAGUUUGACUUUGACAAUUAUUUACAUUGACCACUUUCAUAAAUGGCUGCUGGAUUAAUAUUCUUUUGUUUAAAUUUAAAUUAGCCUUUCUGGUCU